AUGCCCAAAUCCAUCCUCCUCAUCAACGGCCCCAACCUCAAUCUCCUGGGCACCCGCGAGCCGCACAUCUACGGCAGCACGACCCUAGCCGACGUCGAGGCCGCCAGCAAGGCGCACGCCGAGUCGCUCGGCGCCACGCUCGAGUCAUUCCAGUCUAACCACGAGGGCGCCAUCGUCGACCGCAUCCAGGCUGCCCGCGGCCGCGUCGACGGCAUCGUCAUCAACCCGGGCGCAUACACGCACACCUCCGUCGCCAUCCGCGACGCCCUCCUCGGCGUCGGCAUCCCGUUCAUCGAGCUGCAUGUGAGCAAUGUGCAUGCGCGCGAGCCCUGGCGGCACCAUAGCUAUUUCAGCGAUAAGGCGGCGGGGAUCAUUGUCGGAUUGGGGGUGUAUGGGUACCGGGUUGCGGUGGAGCAUGUGGCGGUGAAUUUUAAGGAGUUGGAAAAGGCGAAUCUGUGA